UUUGUGUUCUUUGUUUUGCGGCUUUGCUUUGUUUAUAAUUGGAACUUUGUGUUGGCCUUUUCCAUUAUGUUAUUUCUCGCAGCUUCUCUUCCCCUGUUUCGCUCUGUUCGUCUUUUUUUUUUUUUUUGCCUAAGCCACAUUCCUCAAUACUCAAAUUCUUCUGACUUUCUCACUCUCCAUCCCAAUUAGUCUCAGUUUCUCAUUAAGGUACUCACUCUCUACCUAUGUCUUUAACAAGCAUCACCUAAAGGAUUAGUUAAACUUACUACACCAACCAUUUUUCUCGCUAGCUAGACAACCAACCAAACUUGGCCAUUAUUACUGGGUUUUGUUCAGCUUCUUAAUUAGAAUAGGUGGUAGUGAUCAAUCAUGGAAUCAAAGACAAAAAGUUCAGAGUCAGAGGACAUGAAUAGCACACUGUUAGGUGGGGUUGAAGAGCUCAAGAAAAGCUGUACAGAUUGUCAUACAACAAGAACACCUCUAUGGAGGGGUGGUCCAGCUGGGCCAAGGUCUCUUUGCAAUGCAUGUGGGAUCAGAUACAGAAAGAAGAGGAGGGCGCUUCUGAGUUUAGACAAAGGAGAAACAGAGAAGUGCAAGAAGAAUAGCAUUAAUAGAAGCAAUAAAGGCAAGGUGGGAGUCAGAUUGAAGCUGGGAUUGAUGGCUUUAGGAAGAGAAAUGGGCUUGCAUAGAUCAUUGGGGAAGGAGAAGCAGAUUAUGAGGAAACUAAAAGAAGAAGAACAAGCCGCCAUGCUGUUGAUGGCUCUAUCUUGUGGCUGUGUCUACAACUAGACCAAUGAAAAGAAAGAGAAUCAGAAUUUUAUUUUUCCUUUCCUUUCUUUGUUUGGGUGGAAGGAAAUUAAAGUCUCCGUGGUCUUUUUUACUUUUUAACUUUCUCUUUGACCUUUGGACCCAAUCUUGUUACUGCUAAAUGGUUCCAUUGUUGAGUCUUCAUGAAGAAUUGGAAGUGGAUGUAAAGGAAAAGCAUUUGGGAUU